GCGAACAAGGUUUUAAAAGCAACAAAUGAAAAUAUAGCAGCUGUAGCAGAAGAUACCAGCCUUUUUCAAAGCACGUUCAUAGUUAUUUUGUUUUUCCCGAGUUUUUUAAGAGUGAUGCUUUUAUUGCGAAAGGCAUCUGCUGGAAGCGUCUGUCGUUAACGGAUGUUGUUUUAACGGUUACAACUGUUGGAAAGGAGCAUCGGAGGAAAAUGUUAGUCUGGGCAGCUGAGAACACCGAAUUUUUUCCGGAAUGGGAGAAGGUGGAAAAAGAUUACAAGAAUAUUCAGGAUAACUAUCGUCUCUAUAAAGAGGAACUGGAAGAAAACGCCCAGCUGGAGAGAAGCUGCUCCAGGUUCAUAGAAGAACAGAGGAAGAACCUGGAGGAAAUCAGUUUUCUCUUGAUGAAAUACAAACAAAAUCAUAGGCAGCUGAGCCCAGAGCAGAGGGAUUACAUCUCUGUGAUGGAAGAGUUCAUCAAAGAGAGAAGGAAGGCUUUAUUUGAGAUGGAAGCAGAUCUGCCAAAGAAGAACAGGCUUUACCACACGCUGGUUCUGGGAAACAUUCAUCUGAGGCUUCUGAGCAAACAGCAAAAGUGUGCAUACAAAGGUGAAUAUGAGAAGCUCAAGCGGGUUCUGAGAGUCAUCCUGUUCGUGUUCUCCUUCACAUGUCGCUUUCUGUUCAGCUUCAGAACCCUGGACGAUCUGUUCAACUUCCUGCUGGUGUGGUAUUACUGCACACUCACCAUCCGGGAGAGCAUCCUCAUCAGCAAUGGCUCAAGGAUCAGAGAUUGGUGGGUUUUUCAUCACUUUGUGUCGAUCUUCCUGUCUGGAGUCAUGCUGACUUGGCCUGAUGGCGACCUCUACCAGAUGUUCAGAGAUCAGUAUCUUUCCUACAAUCUCUAUCAGAGUUUUGUUCAGUUCGUGCAGUACUGCUACCAGAGUGGCUGUUUGUACCAACACAAAGUGCCGGGGGAGACACACAACAUGGACCUCACCGUUGAGGGCUUCCAGCCCUGGAUGUGGAGAUUACUGAUCUUCUUGCCUCCCGUCUUGUUCCUGUGUAACUUUUGGGAGCUGUACAACAGCAUAACGCUUUUCAAGAUGUCCCAGCUCCCAGAGCACCAAGUGUGGCAGGUGUUGAUGAGUGGCUGCUCCUACCUGGUGCUCUUCUUUGGAAACCUUUUCAACACGCUCGGGGUGAUUUACCAGAAUCAUGUAAACAACAAGGACAAGCCCAAUGCUGUAUGAGCACGCCGCAACCAGAACGGAUCACCAACAUGGUGUAACAGAGAGAAAAGUGUGUAUGAAUGUGUAUAUGAAUUUUGCUCAAAAAAAAAAAAAAAUAUUGUGUGUAUGUGUUUGUAAUGGGAUUUUCGAUUUAUGUGUUUGGAGCCACCUAGUGGUGAGAUGAGUGACUGAACGCAACGGGUCCUUCUCGGCUUCCCUAACCAAAGUUCUGAGGAGCGCUGGUGGAGCUGUUGGACCACUUGUGUGGAGUCACAUUGUUUCUGUUCAUAACACAUUAGGUGACAACCAACAAGAGGGUUGCAAUGGCCUCUCAGAACCAAACAGAAACCGUGGCAGUUCUAAGGAGCUAAAUUUGGGCCAUAACGUUUGUUCAAAAGAAGAAAAACAUUAACUAAACAAAAAUAUGUUGAAAACUGCUUUUCAGAUUCAAUGUUUUUUUGUUUGUUUUGUUUUUCCAGUUUCAGGUUGUUGUUGUUUUUUUUCCUUUUGAACAAACUUUAUGGCCCCCAUUUAGCUCCAUACUAUGGAGCUACUCCAGAGUUCCUCUGUCAUGACCUCCGUCCUUGUGGACCAUUUACUCACUUCACUGUUCGAAUGUGAUUUGAGGUUCCUACAUUUCAUGUUUGUCUAAAUCGAAGUCAAAUUAACUUUUUUAUUAUAUUGAUUAUUCUUAAGUUUGAAGAGAUGUGUUCACGUGAAUGAUAUUUAUUUUAAACUCUGUGACUUUGCUCAGGAGCUGCUCCGUUAUAAUAAAGAGCUCAGCACAAUAAAAGUCUCUGAACCUUUUUGUUGAAUCUUUUCAUGUAUGGAAAAUGAAUUCCUCUAGUUUCAGAGGCAGCUGGAAGGAUUUUUGCUUUGACUUUCUUUCUUUCUUUUUUUUUUUUACUUUAGAAUAGUUGUUAUUAUGUGUAACCAUGGGAACAAAGUAUUGUUUUCACAACUGGGAGCAGCUUAUAAGUGUCCAAAACUCCAAAUAUUCCCUGAGCUAUGACCUCAAAUCCCAGAGGAGUUGAAAAGGUCCAGCGACUGUCACACAGCAGCAGUCUUUAGCUGGAUUUUCCAGUAUAGUAACACUUGUUUAUGGAACUCUGAUAGUUUAAUGGCCUUGCUGCUGCCACAGGCCUCCAGGUCGCGGUUCUGCCGCCAGCUGUUGGACCUGCAGCUGGCCGACUGCAGCCGGAUGCAGACUGACCUCCGCCUGAGCGGAGAGCGGCUGCGGAUCUUCACCCUGCUGGCCAGGAGGCCGGUGGGUUUCGUCGGUUCGGAGCCUAAUCUGUUUGACCUGCAGUUCGUACCACAGCCUCUUUUAUGGAAACUUUUUGGAGAGUUCUCCAAAACGACAUCCCCAAAAUGAAUUCCAUAUACCUCAGGAACUGCUAGGUGUAUUUAACUGGUUCAGGAAUCAAAAUGAGGGUAAUGUUCCAGAGAAUACUCUAGAAGUCUAAAAAUCAACAUUUGAUUUACUGAGGAAGAACAAAUACAUAUGGCACACAGAACAAAAAUACAAAAUAAUAAUAAAUUCUAAUAGAAUACAUUACAUAAUGUGGAUUUUCCUUAAAAGUAUGCAGUGAAAACCCAGAACCUCUAACGACUCAUAAUACAGGUUCUGACCAAUUACUGGACCAAAUUUCAUCCAAAACCCUGAAGCAAAGACAUUUUAGAAAGGUACUGGUUGAUAAAAUUCCAGCUGAAUGUCCCAAAUGAGACAUUUUUGGACAUUUUGGCACCAAUUACAAAUUUCUCUCUCUUUUUUAAAUUUAUUUAUUGUUUUCCAAUGUCCACUUUUGAAAAUCUUUCCAAAAAUAUGAAUGAAGUUGCUAUUGAAAAAAGAUGAAUUGUCUUAAAAUCUCAGUCGCAAAACACACAGGAAUUGAUAUUUAUUUUGAAUUUCUUUAGAAGAGUCAUUAAAGAGGAAAGUUAGUGCUGACACCAAGUGAAGCAAAGAUUGUAGCGAGUUCAUCUUUAUUUUCUCCCCGUUCUGCUUCCUCUCUAAGGUGUUGGCCUGCCUAAAUCAGGCUUUGUUUUUGUUGGACUGUCGUCAGUCUCAAAUGUUACGGUUACGUCAGUGUGCAGCCGUGCAUGUGAGCAGAUAAAACAGAUACAGAAAAGACAAAAAGUCCUUUUGUCAAUAACAGAGUGUUCCUUACAAAUUUUUGUAACAUUUGUUGUCUGCAAUAUCACAAGAUUCAGUUUCUUUUAUGAAGGACGUUUUAGUUCCAUUAGUGAUUUUGUUUCUCACAAUGUAGCACCAGGCCUUUUUUCUGUUAUUUUGUAUUUAUGUUUGUCCUUAUCUUGAUAUUUGUUAGCACAUUAGAUCCACUUUACACCAAACUAACUUCUACCCACAUAAAACAAUUUUAUUUUGAUUAGCAGAUGAAUAUGUAAUCACAUCUAUAAUUAAUCAAAUCACAGGCUGUCAUGUUUAUUUUAAGGCUGGCUGAGAGCAAUAUUUGCUUUUGUUUAAUAUUUUAAAUGUGGCACAGUUUGAGCCUGUUGCUAACAAAAUGUGUCACUUUGACCCAAAGUCCUGCUGUUCAGCUGUUCACAAAGCAAUCAAGAAAAAUUGUGAAAGCAAAGAUCCUGAGUGAUGAAAGAGGUCUGCGUGUUUAAUAAAAAGAAUCAGUUAAUAUUUCCCCAUAGGUUUCUUUUAAACUGGUUAUAAAAGUCAGAAUUGUUUUCUUUUAAUUGGGUUCAUUUCUGAGUUUUAAUUUUUUUGUUGUAAUUUUGCAUUUACAACAAAUGCAAAUGCUCUUCACCACCCAGCAAUGUAAUAUUGUUCUUUUCCAAAUAAAAGAAGCAAACCCUUUUCUGUUUGUAUAGAGGGUCAUUUUCACAGCCCGUCAACAAACAAAAGGAUUUUACUUUCGGGAGCAAAGGCAGAUGUGAAAUCUUGAAGAUUGGAAACCAAACAGUUUUUUCUUAAAAAAAAAAAAAAAAAAAACAUCAACCUGAAAACAUUUUCUUCAGAAAAUCUGUUUAUUUCAUCAGGUUUACAAUCAAGGUUAUUGGACAGAUCAGAUUCUGUCCUGUGAUUGGUGGCUUCCUGUCCAACAGGAAGUUGUAAACAGAGUUUAAAAGCUGCUGCAGGGCAGCAGACAUUCAC